AUGGUCGUGCCUCGUAUUUUAUGCACGAUACAUCUGCCCGCAGUGCGACAGUUGUUUCCCCGGCGAUGUGUGCUCGACACAUGUGUCUGCCACGCCUGCCUGGGCAUUGUUCGGCACUGGGGUGAGCGCCUCUGCAGCGUAUAUCACCUCAAUCUUCUAAAGAACCUGUUCAAAGGUGGCUCAGAAGUGUUCAUCUGUUUGAAACUGUUCGGGAUGACGGUUGUUUCAGAGUUCCAUCCAGAGCAGAUUAACAGAGAUGGCGGUUGUGCGUCGAGACGUUUUUUGAAAUUCGCUGUAAGAUCGGCAACUUUGAACCGUCAAAUGACGAACGCAGACUUGAAACAUAGUCAACACUUUCAUACGAAGUUCCUUAGGUUCACAUCGUUCGAAUUCAAUAACAUACCGAUCUAUCGUCUGCCGUAUAUUGAAGACCCGAAAGUGGCUGUACUGUAUUUUCUAAGGGAAAGCACUAAUUUGAUGUUUACGGACUUUUUCGAUUCAAGGUCUAUGUUGAUGCCCGUCAUAAUGUCCUUGCAGUGUUUCGAUGUGCAGCAUCAGGCGUUGCGUGCCGCCACAUUCACUAACCAGUUUUUGAACCAUGAGACCUAUUGUGAAAGUGUAGCAGUUGAAGAAGCGGAGGCAUAUCUUCGUCAAAUAGAAUAUCGGAAAGCCAGAUAUGAACACCAAGAGAAAUUACAAGUUGAGGACGCGGAAGAACCACAAAAGAAGAGAUGUUCGUUGGAUGAUAUAGUAGCCCAUCAGACAACGAACAUCUACUGUACAGGAGACUCUCGAGAAGAAAGCGAGGAGGACGAACUCUUUUUGCUGGAACCAAAGAUCAGAGCUGUCUGGAUUAUGAUCGAAAAAAGCAUCUUGUACGGUGUAGCCAAUAGACAAAUCUAUGAAUUGCUUUCGAAGCUGGAGCAAACGACUGAUCACUUGGAAGCACUGCGAUGGCUUAAGUACGUGGUACAGUUUCUGAACUGGCAAUCGUUCGACCUUGCGCGGUACUUCUGCAUGGUUUGCGGCUUGCUGAUCCGUCUUUGUCUGAAACCCCGAUGUUCUGUCGAUCAAGCCAUUGUUGAAGAUCAUAAGCUGGUCUGUAGGCUUCUGCAUAUAUCUGAUAAUGUUUGUGCUCCGCCAUUUACCGUAACGGCAGUUAAAAAGGUGCAGAGUUUUUACAAGAAGUGUUCGCCACCGAUCUGCACGGCGAUCGUGUGCUCAGUCAGACUGGUUGAGGCGAUGAAUGGUGCUGAGACAACCUUAGACAAAACAGUGUGCGGUCAUCGCGAUUACGGCAUUCUGAGAGACACUUCGUUUUCGGGCAUGCUGAUUUCGGUCGAAGAGCUGCUGCAUAACUGCCGUUAUACGGUAACGCUAAGGUCGGUACAAAUCAUCGAAGCCACGUUGACAGACAAUGCUAAACGCCACGUGCCCGGCUGGCAAUGGAGUCGACUGCUCAGCUCCUCGUACAACUCGCAUCUGGGGAACGGAUUUCACAUGGAGCUGCUCGACCUGCUCUGUUGCGUGGGGAGUCGGCUGUCAGCUCGUUUUAAUAGCGAAUUCUUCGCUCCGUCUCUCGAUCCCAAGGUACAUUCGGCCAACGUACGUCAGGCGGCGUUGAUCGCUCUUCAUCUGCUUUCCGAUCCGAAUCGCCGACGAAACGCUUCGUCUUACAAAGUCUUAUGCUGA